GUCACCGCGUUCGGUGACGUAUGACCAGCUCAGUAAAAAGAAACAAAGAUGUCGAUGUGGGAGCCUGGGGUGAAAAAACGCGUUCUGUACGCCGGUACAGGCGACGUGGUGGACUACCAGGAGGGCACAAAGGCUGUGUUUCAUUAUGAGACAUGUAAGUUGGAUGAGCCGCCGACAGUUCUGGACGACAGUCGGUCACAGGAGAAACCCAUGGAACUCAUCUUCGGCAAGAAGUUCAAACUGGAGAUCUGGGAGAAAUGUCUGAUGAGCAUGAGAGUGGGGGAGGUGGCAGAGUUCAUCUGUGAACCUAAGGUAGUUGUGCAGUACCCUGUUGUAGCGAAGAGUCUGCGGGAUAUCCGGCAGGGGAAACAGGACCGACCCCGACACUGCUGCGGCAUGGCGUCUGACAACAGUCUGGGGUACCCUGACCUGGACCAACUGGUCAAGAACCCACAACCACUGGCCUUCAUUAUAGAACUGAUCAAGGUGGAAAAGAAAGGAGAGUACAGUCAGGAGGCCUGGCAGAUGACACCAGAGGAGAAAAAGGCUGCUCUGCCUCGGCUACAGGAGGAAGGAAACAACUUGUACAAGUUAAAACAGUUCCACCAGGCAGCUGAUAAGUAUGCCGAGGCUCUGGGCUGCAUCGAGCAGCUUCUGAUCCGAGAGAAACCCGGAGACGCCGACUGGAUGAGCCUAGACAACAGGAAAAUCCCACUUCUCCUGAACUACGCCCAGUGUAAACUCAUCCUGGGGGACUACUACCCUGUUAUAGAACACACAACCACUGUCCUUACCAGAGAUGAGAGGAACGUAAAAGCGUAUUUCCGGCGCGGGAAAGCCCACGCGGCCGUCUGGAACGAGAGAGAAGCGCAGGCGGAUUUCUCCAAGGUAUUGGAGCUGGACGCAAGUCUGAAGGGAGCCGUGAGAAAGGAGCUGAAACUUCUAGAAGACAGAAUAAAGUCGACUGAGAAAGAGGAGUGGGAAAAGUUGAAAGGAAAGAAUGUGUUUGGAUAAUAAAUGUGUUACCUACGGCUUUAGUGAAAAAAUCAUUCCACCCAAUUUUUCUUUUGUUUGCAUAAUAUAUACAGUCAGGGCUGAAAAUGCCACCUGCAUAAAAAAUUAUGAAGGUUAUUGCAGGUAAAAUUGGAGCUGUACAGGUAUUUCUGAUGUCUACCUACACCUAAC